CCGCUCUGUAGGUGGCGACACAUGAAUGGAAACGAACCUUGUUGGAUAAAAGACACGGGAAGAAAGAGACUGUUGUGGUGUGUUGUUGAAUUGCUGUUGUCAAAAUGUCAGGCCACGAUCAGCUGGUCCUCUGUUUGUGUGAAAUAACAAGGUUGUUGUGGAAGCUGCUCCUGCCGCUCGUGUUUCUCUGCUUGCUGCUGAUCGCCGUCCUGGUUCUGCUGGUGCUGGCAGUGCGUUUCUGGCUGCAGAGCAACAGGAACGCUCGGCGGGUGAGGGACGGCCGUCUGUCCGUGGCCUUCUUUCAUCCUUACUGCAACGCCGGCGGUGGGGGAGAAAGGGUGCUCUGGUGUGCCAUCAGGGCGCUACAGACCAGGUAUCCAGACAUCAACUUCGUUGUGUACACGGGGGACCUGGGUGUCACCGGCCACCAGAUCCUGGAGGGAGCUCGGCGUCGUUUCAACAUCGUCCUCCCCCGGCCGGUCCAGUUUGUUUUCCUGAGGCACCGGCUGCUCGUGGAGCCCGGCCUGUUUCCUCACUUCACCCUGCUGGGGCAGAGCGUGGGCUCCAUCUUCCUGGGAUGGGAGGCGCUGACGGAGUUCGUCCCGGACCUUUACAUCGACUCCAUGGGUUACGCCUUCACUCUGCCCCUGUUCCGCUACCUGGGAGGCUGCAGCGUGGGGAGCUACGUCCACUACCCCACCAUCAGCACCGACAUGCUGUCAGUGGUGAGAGAGAGGAACCCCAGGUUCAACAACCCGGACUACGUCACCAACAGUCUGUUCCUGAGUGCCUUUAAGGUGGUCUACUACUGCCUCUUUGCCCUGCUCUACGGCAUGGCCGGCUCCUGCAGCGACCUCAUCAUGGUCAACUCCUCCUGGACCCUCGAUCACAUCCUGUCGCUGUGGCGCUCUCCCAACCGCACCAGCGUCAUCUACCCGCCCUGCGACGUCAGCGCCUUCCUGGACAUCCCGCUGGAGGAGGACGGGGACAAAAAGUGCCACUCCAUCGUUUCCAUCGGGCAGUUCAGGCCGGAGAAGGACCACCGGCUGCAGAUCCGAGCCUUCAAGAAGGUUCUGGACAGGAGGAGGGACGGAGCGGCAGGCAGACAGGCGCUGAAGCUGGUUCUGAUCGGUGGAUGCAGGAACCAGGAAGACGAGGACAGGGUGCUGAUGCUGAGGGGUUUGUGCCAGGAGCUGGGCGUAGCCGACAGGGUGGAGUUUAAGCUGAACGUACCGUUUGAGGAGCUCAAGAGGGAGAUGGGAGAAGCGACGAUAGGACUGCACACCAUGUGGAACGAACACUUUGGAAUAGGUGUUGUGGAGUGCAUGGCAGCAGGAAAGGUCAUCCUCGCCCACAAGUCCGGCGGUCCCAAACUGGACAUCGUUGUCCCUUAUGAAGGCGGUCAGACCGGCUUCCUGGCUUACGAUGAGGACAGCUACGCAGAGGCGAUAGAAAGGAUCCUUUCUCUGCCGCCCGCAAGCCGCCUGCAGAUCAGACGAAACGCUCGUCAGUCUGUGGCUCGAUUCUCAGAUCAGGAGUUUGAAGUGUGCUUCCUGGCAGCCAUGGAGCCUCUGAUGGGAACACUGGAAUGAGGAGGAGGCUCUUUAAGCGCGUUUGUGAAUGUUGUGUUGAUAUCUGAGACUUUGCUUUGACGCACUUACAGCUGCAUUUACCCUUCAGGACUGCGACAGAAUGUGAUCAUACUCACACGGUCGUACCAGGAUUUGUCCUAAAAGCAGAAAAGACGCAGAAUACAAUUCAAAAUCAGAUCAAAUGGAGUAAAAUGUGAGUGAAUGCAGCUGUAGUUCUGUGUUUGGAGUUAUUUUUUAGAACACAUUCCUCCUCUGUUGGUAGUUUUGUUCAAACAGUGUGGACUAUAUCGGGAACAAAUGAUCUUUAAUUGAAAAAUGUGCAGUAAACUACUGUAAAUACAAAAGAUACUAAACAUAUUUAUUGUUUACAAGAGCUAGAAUUCUCUCUUUAUGCCCAAAAUGUGAAGUAUUUUUGAUAAGAUACAGUAAGUGGAAGGGGUUUUUUGCAUUUAUGUAAUUGUUUAGAAGAAAGAAGAAUCAAUUUGUGUGCUUGUAAAUAAACUGUAAUGCACUGGGUUAAAGGAAAAA